AUGAGUACUUAUAGUGGUGGUCGACGUCGUGCAGUCAGUAGGCAUACCGCCGAAGAGCAAGUGCUCGACCGUAUUUCACGUGAUGCUGAUGCUGCAAAUAACAGCAGUUCAGGGGCUGGAAAUGCUAAGGACACAGUAGCGUCGACAUCUGACGAUACUCCUUCGAAAGAACCAUCUGAAGGUGCAGUUUCUGAGAGGAUUGCUUUAAAGGAGAAAGUUACAGAAUUGGAAGAUAAAUUUCAACGAGCGAUGUUCCUCUACUCUCAGUUAGAUAACGAAAAGUCAGCACUUUUGUACGAAAUCGAUCUAUUGAAAGACGAAAUGGAAGAAAAAGAUCAACUUUUAGCGUUAUCCGCGAAGGAAACACGUGAUUUGACUAGUGAAGUGAAGUUAUUGAAGCGAACAAUCGAUGGACUUAAUUCACAACAAGCCAUAUUACGAGCAGAAAUCGCUCAAAGAGAUCAAUUAAUACAAGACAACGGUCUGGUUCUUGUGGAGCAACAGGCCGACGAUUCUGUUGUCUCUCAAACAGAAGGAGCACCCCCGAUGAAGCCGGAAGCGUUGGUCUUCUCACAACAAACAAUCUCAUUAGUGGAUAAGAUGAUCUCAGGUUCAUCAACCUUGGACGAAAAAGUUAAAAAGUUGGUCGAUAUGAAUAAAAAAAUGCGACAGCAAGUAGAGGAGGCUGAACAGUCAUUGUACGCUCGUAGAACUGCCCGAAGUGAACACCUCGCAUCCACUCACAACGGAUCGUUGAAUGACGAUCUACAAAAAGAUGCUGCAAAGCAGCUCGCCGAAAUUAAAUUCAAACUUCAAGAAUCAGAACGCGAGAACACGAACUAUCAAGGAAAUCUAAGCAAAAGAAAGAUUGCUCUCGCUAAAGGUGAUGAACUGGGUUCACCACUGCCUCCAUAUACAAUUCGAUUGGAAGGCCAACUGAAAAGGUUCAAAACGAGUGCAGAACAGGCUGAAAAACAGUUAACCGAAUUGAAAUCUCAAAACCGUCAACUAAAAAAAGAUCUACGCGAUAGAGAGAAUGCGCUCGAUGAGGCAAAAGAAACGAAUCGUCAUCUGCAGAACCGUUUAGAGAAAUUACGCUUUUCGAGCUCAAGGAAAGCGCAGUGA